AUGGCACUGCCGGUGGCCGUGGACCGUGCCAAUUGGCCCUCCGAUGCGUCCCUGGACGAGGAGGCGGUCUCUGCGCUGCACACAGCACACCACCCGCAGCCCAGGAGAAUCCUGGGUUGCCACAGGCUGGCUCACAGCGACGAAAGUGGCUCGGACCUGUAUGUCUUCCGCAUCUGGCACCAAGCCCUGGAGAGAGAUUGGGAGGCAGAGAACAAGCAAGUCAAACUGCAGCUGCUGCUGGAAGAGGAAUCUACGCCGAUUCCUCUCCUCCGCCGCUGCGCGUGGCUUUACGAAGCCGUGGUGCGGCUGCCCGCAGACUGGCUGCCGCCCGAUGAUGGCGCCGGAGGGGCGCCGGUAGGUGGGGUCCUCCACCUCCCCAGAUACUACGUAGUGGCCCCGAGCGAGGAGGGAGAGCAAAUCCUCCACGACUGUUUUGGCUACGUUGGCUUCCUGCUCGCCGAGGUGGAGAUCGAGCAGCUGCAGCAGGGAAACUUCCCGACCAUCGCGGACGCCCUGGGCUGCCACUGUGUCGUGGCCGGCGGCGUCUGCGGCCUGAGAUUUGCAACCUGGGCGCCCAGGGCGCAAUUCGUCAGCGUCGUGGGAGGCUGGAAUGACUGGGAUGGGCGUGCAGCACCAAUGGCAAGGCGACACCGAGCCGAAGGCGGUGGCUUCUCCGGCCUCUGGGAGAUCUUUGUGCCUUUUGGCCCAGAGAUGUCCGACGUGCCGUUUGGCAGCACGUACGGCUUCAAGAUUCACACAUUGGCGGGCCAGGAUAUUGUGAAGAUGGACCCCUUCGCACAGGAAUUUGAGAAGCCCAGUGACCUGCACAAGAGCCCCGUCUUCAACGCCUCUGUGGUCAGUGCCUGUGACGACAACUACCAACCGGAGCCGUUCGAGUGGGGCGAUGAGGCGUGGAUGCUCGCUCGUGAGGAGCGAGGUCGCCUCAACACCGUCCUGCUGCAGCCCAUGGCCAUCUACGAGGUGCACUUACCCUCCUGGAGGCGCGGUGCAGAGGGCGAGCUUCUGAGCUACCGGGAUCUCACGCAGCCCCUCAUCGACCACGUGAAGGCCCUGAACUUCAACUGGGUGGAGCUCAUGGCCCUGGCACACCACCCCUUCCUCGGCUCUUGGGGCUACCAGGUCUCCGGGUACUACAGCUGCUGCUCCCUCAUGGGCUCGCCGGACGAUCUAAAGCACCUCAUCAAUGAGCUCCACAAGGCGGGGAUCGGUGUGGUGAUGGACUUCGUUCCGGCGCACUUCUGCAAAGACGCCUGUAGCUUCGGUGACUUUGACGGAACACCAACCUACGAGUACGAGGAUCCGCGCGAAGGAGAACAAAGGCAGUGGGGCACCAAAAUCUUCAACUUCCGAAAGAACGAGGUUCGCAGCUUCCUGGUGGGUUCGGCGCUGUUCUGGGCCGAGCGCUAUCAUGUCGACGGGUUCCGUUGCGAUGCUGUCUCCGCCAUGAUCUACCGGAACUUUGGGAAAGCCGAUGGGGACUGGAUCCGAAACGAACACGGUGGCGACAGCAACCUCGAAGCUGUCUCGUUGCUCAGGGAGCUGAACAAGUCCAUGAAGCAAUUCUGGCCAGGCGUGAUCAUGAUCGCCGAGGAGUCCACAGCGUGGGAAGGCGUCACGACCCUGAGGAACGUCAGCUCUGGUCUGGGUUUCGAUCUCAAGUGGGAUCUCGGCUGGAUGAACGAUACGCUCAUCUACCUCGAGGAGCCUGCAUGGAAUCGUCCCUCGAACCACAGCAAGCUCACAUUCCGUUCUCAGUACAUGCAGAAUGAGCGAUUUGUCUCGCCCUUGUCCCACGACGAGGUCGCCAACAUGAAGGGGAGUUUGGUCGAGAAGAUGGGCCGCAAGGAUGGUCUGGGCUUUUACGACAAGCUGCGCCUCCUCUGCGCCUACUAUGGUUACCAGGCGACGGCUCCCGGACGGCCCUUGCUGUUCAUGGGCCAGGAGUUCGCCCAGGGGCGCGAAUGGAAUUGCUACCAGUCCCUCGACUGGCACGAGGGUGAGGAGGAGCUCAGAAAAGGAGUCUGCGUUUGGCUCGCUGAUCUGAUGGGAGUCUAUCAGCACCACCGUCCCUUGCACAUGGGCGACGACUACCCACAGACGCGGCAGUAUCCGGUCGGGUCCAACAGCUUUGAGUGGGUGGAGAACAACGCAGGCGCCUGCGUUCUUGCCUUCUGCCGACAUUGGAAGGGAGAGAUACCUGUCAUGGCCAUCUUCAACUUCGGCAGCCAGUAUCACCAUGGCUACACCAUCGGUAGCCCCUACUGGGGAGGCUGGCAGGUGCUCCUCAAUUCCGACGACCGCCGCUACGGCGGGCGAGGUGGCGGCCCGGGCAACUCGAGCAUGCUCUGGACUGGCAAGGCAAGACCAGAUUGCUCUGACUCGCUCACCUUGGACCUGCCCUCCAACAGUUGCCUGGUGCUCCUGGCCCCUGAGAAGUUCCAGGAUUGCAAGGCCACGCGGCCUCCGGUUGGCAUGAAGGGCACCGCGGAUACACUCUGCGCAGACAUCGAGUAUUGCUUGGGCGACAUCGGCUUCUAA